AUGACACGUGUGGUGGUCCUCUGUCAUUUCACUCUGUCGAACUCACUAUUACACCCCGAGCCGCCAGGAUCCGAGACGCAGACUAUUACACCCGUUGUUCGUUGCCAACGACUCUUGUCGAUCCCACUCGCAUCGAUCGGCACCGUCGAAAUGCGCGGAUACCCGGUCUACGCGUUGAGUUCGCCGUCUGAAGAGCCGGUAUGGUCUCGGAACGACCAGGCAAUGUCCCGCGGGGUCUCCCAUCAGACAAUGAUCCAGCCAGUAACGAGUGCCUACCCGAGUGCCUACUCUUCGUAUCCUCCACAGACGACUGUCAUUCAUUCGACGACGAAGCCAGUUGCAGAUGCGGAUAUCUAUCGGUAACUUAUCCAUUAAAUAUUUCUUGAAUUAUAUCUGUUCAGAGUAGGCAUUUAUGGCUGGAGGAAGAGAUUCCUCUACAUUUUCAUUCUGAUCUUGACCAUCGGAAUAGUUCUGAAUCUCGCUCUCACUUUCUGGAUCAUGUCCGUUCUCGAUUUCUCAUCGGUAAGUGGGCACGCCUACAUUCAGAACGUACCGAUGUUUUCAGGAUGGAAUCGGGGCUCUGAAAAUAGAAGAAAACGGAAUCCGAGUGGAAGGGAGAGCUCAGUUCGACCGGCCCGUCCACUUUUCACAGCUCAGUACUCUUGACGUGAGAAUGAGCCCCCAGACGAAUUAAUUUGCUUUCCUUUUUCAGGAGGAAACGCUCACAAUCGACUCAUUCCGUGGAGUCAACUUGCAGGCGCGGAAUGCGAAAGGCGACAUCGCCUCCAAAUUCUCACUGAUGCCGGAGGGAAAGGCGCAAGUGACCUGCGACCGUUUCGAAGUUUUCGAUGAGGACCAGAAGUUGCUCUUCUUUGCAGAUUCCGAUGAAAUUGGACUGAAACUUGAGAACCUCCGCAUUCUCGGUUAGUUUGUUUAUUUGAAAAUAUAAACACAAUGGAAAGGUAUUCACGAGAGUUCGUUCAGACGAGGGCGGAAGUGUGUUCGAGGGGGCCAUCCAGACGUCGUCGGUCCGUCCGCAGCCCGAUUCUCCGCUCCGUCUCGAGUCGCCCACGCGCAGUGUCUCCGUCGACGCCGCCCAGGACAUCGAGAUCCUCGCGGCGGCCGGGGAGGUCUCCGUCAACUCCCUCCUGGACAUUUCGAUCGCUUCCAAACAGGUGCAAUCUCUUUUGGCUGACAUUUUUCAUUUUGUUUCAGGGAGAAAUCCGUCUCGAAUCGUCUUCUAUUUACAUGGAAAAGCUGGCCCGUUCGGACGGAAGAGGCAGUCCUCAGACUCAGGUGUGCGUCUGCCACAACGGAAGACUUUUCCUCGCCGCACCGAAUGCUGACUGUCGUGCUGAUCGGGAUAUCUGUUCCAAUUAA